CACUACGGGCAACAAUCAUCACCUAGUUGGGUACCGUAUCGACGCCACCUUCUAAAAAUAAGCAAGCUACCGGAGGAAAGGUUGAAGCAUUGCGCCAGGAUAACCAAACCCGAAAGUUACAGAAACCGAGGAGCACACGAGCGAUCCAAACCACCUUAACACUCCAAAUUCUAAACAACACGAGAAACUCUUUGGGAAACGCCACCCCAACAACAACAAUGAGCAGCACCAACAGCGAGGACGAGGAUCGCCUMAAUUAUUUGAAAGAUCGCGGCGUAGAAAUAUCUACGCCGGAAGAGAGAGAGGCAUCGCGCAGGGCCAAUGAAUCGAGCGUUGCGCCGAUACUGCAACAGCUUUACGGCCUGAGUCUCGGAACCGAUGGCGGCGACGGAGAGGGCGUCAAGUUUGUCUGGAUCCCCGCCGACGAAAGCAAAGCCAUGAAAACCAUGGUGGUCCCUCCUUCGUUUAUCGAAGCAAAUAGGGGCGACGUCAUGCCAAACUUUGUCAAGCCGUUUUUUGCCGCCGACAAGACAAGGGUCGACGCCGGCCUGCUCCAAAAACAGGCCACGAAACAGUUCACGGCCGGUGGGGAAGGAAGCAGCAUCAAGGGCAAGGACGGCAAACCGGUCGAUAUCGACAUGUCGAAGAUUUCUCCAGCCGCCCUGAACGCGGUUGCCGCGCAGGGAAGCGUCGAAACGUUUUGCUUGGUGCACCCCGCCGACACCAACGACUACACCGGGGUGUACAUCUACCUCGACGAGGUGGGAAUGCUGAAAAAGCUGCCCUCCAACAAGCGCGCCUCGAGCAUCGGUGGGGCCUGCGGGUACAAUCCGGCACCGAUUUUUUACGGCGACGUCUUCGUCGCCCGCGUCAAAACGAAACCGAGCAUGUUCAACGUUGACUUCGAGGCCGGCGUCGAUACCGAUUACGGAAGGGCCGAAUGGAUGAGACGUGCCGUAUCGGAAAACCUGGCCUGGCAGCAAGCCAUGAACGAAGCGACGGGGAAAUCCCCAAAGCUUGCCCAGAUGGAACAACCCGCCCACGCUGGGACGGACGGAUCCGUCGCGCAGGAAUCCGGUUUUAGCUGGACACAGGACGGCGACGAGGUGGAGAUCACCGUGCCGAUGAAUGCAGCCGUGAACAAGAAGGAGGUCAAGGUCGUCUUCCGCCCAGGCUUUGUUGUCGUUUCGUACCAGGGCAAAGAGGUGGAGAGAAUCGAUCUAUACGAAAGCGUAGACGUCGAUGGAUGUACGUGGACACUGAGCAGCGACAAGACAAAACUCAUUGUCACCUGCGAAAAGGCCGAUCCCGAUAAAAUAUGGCCCAGAAUUCGAUCCUAGUUUCAAAGAAGAAACGCAAGCAGCAGAGAGAAUGCUCGCUUGAAGGAACGAAUGCAUAAUAAUUAAUAAGUACUACUACAGAAUAGAAUUCUCAUUCAGCU